UCUUGCGCCUUGCCAUCAUCUCGCCAGCAGUCAGAAUACUUAUCAUAUACCCGUCUGAUAUAGCCCUUCCUUUACUCCCACCACCGUCGUCGAGAACAGCACUCGUGUCCUCCCCUUGACAUUCAGCACGAUCAUAGCCUUCGGAAACCUAGGACAGCAACGUAACGCCUCCUACCGCGAUUCCGGCUGCACCAUACCUGCUACAAUGUCCACCGGCGAGACUUCCGCGAUGGGCUCCUCCGCGCACGCCAAGGCGCCUCAGAAAGCACUCGUUCCUACCAACACCGUCCUCACUCCAGAGGGACACCAAGUGCGCGCGCGCAUUGACCCAACGCUGACCGUGGCGGACGUCGUGAAGCAGCUGGUCCUAAACCUCAAGCUCGAUGAGCCCCCCACCAACUUCGCGCUGAGGAGCGACAUGGACGAGCUGGUGACGAACGAUAACAUGCGGAAGAUGAUCAAAGGGAAGGCAAAUCUCAAACUCGUGAAGUCGCCCAAGCGCGAGGCGAGGGACAUAGCUCACAAGCUAAGCGAGCGCGAUGACAAGAACCUCAAGUUCUCCCUCUUCUCGCUUCAGAAGCAUAUCAAGGAGGAAGAGUUCGCGCACGAGUUCAUUAAUUCCGGAGGCGUCAUGUAUCUCGUUGAGACCAUAUACGCUACGCAUGGCAACACACUCGCAUACGCCCUCACCGCCAUGCAGAACCUCAUGGAACUCGACUACGGCUGGGACACCCUCGAUGAGCACUUCAUCUACAAAGUUGUCCAGAUCCUCUCCUCCCCACAAUCCCUUAUCAACGUCUGCCGCCCUGCCACGGCGAUCCUGAAGAAGUUCGUCGAGGCUGAUCCGGCGAACACCCUGUCGGCGGGCUCGACCAGUAGUCCUGUCGUAAUACCGCCUGGAUCAGUCGACCGGUAUGGAUUCACGAUCGUGUUCGAGCAGAUGCGGAAGCAGAGAGGACUGUUGGAGACCGUGAUCAGCAGAUUGGGGAGUGCGGAUACGGCGAUGGCGCUGCAUAGCAUGAUGCUGAUCAACUCCCUGCUCGCGCAUGCCAAGGAGGAUCGCUGGGAAGAGUUCGUCACCGAGCUCGAGAAGCUGAACAUCCGAAAGGCAGUCGUCCGCCUCAUGGCCUCGCACACGAUGGAAGACCUGUCCUCCAGCAUCCUCGAUUUUCAGGCGAACAUCAUCCGCAUCACGAACCGCAAGAAGAUGACCAUGGUUGAGCCAGGCGCUGAGCCGGGGCACGCGGCGGCGCUGAAGUUCAUCUGGUUAAACAGCAAGCUUGAGGAAGAGAAGGAUGAGAUGGGGCAGCCACUGAAGUGGCGGAAGCUGGGCUUCGAGAGCGAGGACGUGACGGCGGGAUUCCAUGAUGUGGGCGUUUUGGGAUUGGAGUGCUUGCGCAACUUUGUCCAGAGCAAUCCAGAGUUCUCCAAGCUUGUCUAUGAACAACUUAGCCGCCCACAAGAGCGCCGUUGCCCUAUCGCGCGGGCGUCUAACGAAGUCGUGGAGUUGUUAUCGGAACACUGGGCCAUCUUCGCACCCGGAUACUCCACCUCAACCGCUUUCCAGCCCUUCUUCCUCGACUUUGCACGCGUGCACGCGCUCGCGACGCACUUCUUCAUUCGCAUGUGGACGGAGAGUGGCGCGGCGACCGAUAGCAACGCCUCCCGGGACGACUUCAACCGUAUUGUUGCCUUGGUGCGCAGCCAGAUCAAGGUCGCGUUGCGAGACGAGAACACGCGCUCGUGGAACGAGGUCGAGCGGGACUUCCUCGACUCAGAAUACCGUGCCGUGCGGGAUCGGCAAAUGAAGGAGCUCGAGCUUGAGGAUGACCUGUUGAGCAAGGUUCCGGUCAGGAAUCUGAAGAAGAAACUCUACAAGGAGUCCUUCGAGUUCGUCCGGCAGCAGCGGAUACAGUGUCUGUUGCAGGGCGCCUGGUUCAUGAACGGCGUACCUGUCGGCUCGUCAGGCUCGAAAGAGUCGUCGCGAAGACCAGCAAGGCCAUGGCGCUUCAUGCGGAUCGACAACGGCCUCCGAUACCUCCAUUACGUCGAUAGCGCCGUGAAGUUCCCCGUUCGUGCCGGGCUCGAGGACCUACCUGAGCGCAUCGACAUCUCCGCCAUCAGCGAGGUCGCGACCGGCACCUGUGCGCCACCAGCACACCUCCACGACGGGCCAGCGCCAGGCGAAGCGUCCCCGCUCUCGUUCUCCUUGCUCAAUGCGCACGCGGGCUCGCUAGCAGACCAGAUCGCGCCCGAUGCUAGCCGGUGGGCAGACUGGACGGAUGGGCUGAACAUGGUGCGCCCGGAUGCGGGGCAUGUGGCGUCGCAGGAGACAGCGGGUUUCGUGGAUGCGUUGACGGACAUUGGGCUCAAGAUUCAGUUGUUGAACCUGUCCGGCGAGAUGGUGGAUAUACCCAGCGGACUGUCAGCAGGGCAGCCGCCGCGAGAUCAGGAUUUCUUCUUCGCGGACUUUGCUUGAGAUGUACUGUAAGAUAUUCUUUAUUAUGCGUGUAUUUACUUUGUGUCCGUAGGCAACAACCGUUCCAUUUGACUGGUGCACCUUUUGUCGGGACAAUCGAUCCGCAUCGUUAUCGACGUAGCCGUUCGGCACCGAAAAUCUCACACCUUUAAGCCG